AUGUCUCGCACCCCUUGGCCCGGCACCCCUGCCUCCUCGCUCUUUUCUUUCUCGGGGGCUUCUGAUGCUUCUCCUCCUCCUCCCUCGCCUACACCUACUUCUCCUUCAUCUCCCGCGGUUCCUCCCUUGUAUAUUGCCGCCUCUCAUGCGUGUCAGUCGGCGGCGCAGUCCCCGAGCUCAGCUCCUCGUGCAUCGGGAACCUCUCCCUGCACCUCUGCGUCUCACCAGGCCACCCCAUCGCCAUUCCCCGCCCACCCUCCUUCUCCUCCCAACCCUUACCACGCCUACGCCUUUCUCACCAAGAAGAAAGACUACUCUGUCGACUGCACCUGCGGUCACUUCAACAUCCACAUGCAAGGGAAUGGCACUGCCAAUGAGGUCCUUACCGCCUGCGUUGGUAAAUGCUGCCUGACACCAGUUAAUUUGAUCGCCGAGACGGUGGCAGACUUGAUACUGACGGGCGAGUGGAAACUCGAUUUUCAGGAGAUGCUCCACGCGAGCGUUCGGACUGAGGUCCUCAACCUUCCCAACAACGAGUCGUUCGCAAGUUUCUUUCAUCGAUGUGCUGCGAUUGAGCUCAACAGCCAGCUUGAGCUCACGCGAGCUCGUUUUACCGCCAUGCAGGAGGCCGCUGCUAUAGCGCGGACCAAUAGCCAUGGUGAAAUUCCGACCGCCUUCGACAACCUGUCGACAGCUUCUCGCGUUGCGUCUGCCCCCGGCUCCGACACCCUCCGUUACGUCAAUUUCCGCUCCGUAAACGGGGAUCGCUUCCCUUACGGCGUCAUCCCCCCGGAUGGCGUCGUCAACAGGAACCUCAACCCGACGUUCCAAUCCAUGGUCGCCAGGCUCCCCACAAGGACCGUUUCGCUCACGCCAAGUGUCGACGUAACGUACUACGAUGUGCCCGUUAACUCCGAGCCACCCUAUUAUUGGGUCCCAUACGGAUUCGCGAUCGGCAUCUUUGCGAACCCUCAGCUCUACUACUCUGUGUGGUCUUCGGGCCGUGGUUCCGAGGGACACGAGGUGUUCUCGCUCGAUGAAGCUCACGCCGCGAUGGAGAAUGCUCUGUUGGAGGGACGCUUUGGUCUUAUUCGUUAG